AUCUGACAUGGUCUAUGGACAGAGAGCAUACCUAGUUUCCAGGUCACUAAGAGGAACAUCUGGAAAACAGUGCCUGACAUUUUUCUAUCACAUGUAUGGAGCUGGGACUGGAUUAUUAAGUGUUUAUCUAAAAAAGGAAGGGGAUGAUGAAGAGAUUCCUUUAUGGAGAAGAACAGGGGAACAAAGCAUCUCAUGGCUAAGGGGACUGAUAGAAUAUGAAAGUGAUAGAAACUACCAGAUUAUUUUUGAGGCGAUCCGUGGUGUGUCAAUCAGAAGUGACACUGCUAUUGAUGAUAUUCUGUUCCAGGCAGGACCCUGUUUAGUAUUUCCUCUUUCUUUGUAUUCUAGAAGUGGAAGAAAUCCAAUUCUCAUCAGGCUAUCCUGACAGCUUAAAUGAAAUUGAAUAUUAAAUACAGUCUGCUGAAAGGAAUGAAGUGCAUAGAAGAUUUAUAUGUGAGAAACUGCACAAACUGCCUAUUUUAAAAUAACUUUUAAGCACAUACUGGACUUGUUUGAAUACGCACCAAUGCAUAGGAAGAACUCAGAGCACUCGUGUUCCUUGCCUUUGCAAUGAAAUUAUUGACUCAGGGCUUCUUAGACCGUAUUUUUUUUAUAUGUUUUUUCCUCUUCUGCAUGAGGUAUUAGUUAUUACAUAGAGGCUUCCCAUUUUGCACAGAUCACUCAUAUUAAUUUUUUUUGAACCUUUGUGGUAUCUAAGUAAAAAGAGGAAAGUAAAGGUGCACAACUGAAGUCCAAUACUGUGUUAUCUAAAAUCUGCAUUCAGUGAAUGUUUUGUG